GUGGCUGUCAUUUAUCCAACUGGUCAUUGUAAACCAUUUAUAUCGUUGAUCGACAUAACCCCAAAUUUUAUAGUUUUGAGUUUUGCCAACAAUUUUGAAGAAAAUUUCAUUAAAAUGUCGCAAACGAACGAUGAAAAUAACCAAAACGAGCUGAAAGAGCAAGCCAGCAUAAGCUCGUCUCGUCCAAACCCGAUUAAAUCUGGUUUAUUGCGACCGUCAGCGUUUCAAAACAAUUCAUCAAGUGAAGCAUCGUCAUCGUCGUCAACAAUCCGGCCCAGCGUUCUUAAAACUGAUGAUUCCUCAACCGUAGUGUCGACAAGCUCUUCAUUUAAUCCAUUUCAAAACAGCACCGAUGAGGAAGUACAAUCCAAGGAGAAAACCUCAACGAAUGGCAAUGCCGCUGAUUCUCACAGCAGCACUGAUCCAUUGUUUUCUUUGGUGAAAAAUGGUAUGCCAAAAUCAAAUUUGUUUACCACCAAGUCCACUAUUCCAAUAGCCGAAAAUUCCGGUUUCGUUUUCGGACAAAACGUUCGUGAACGUGUAACUGGGGAAUCGGUAUCCGAUCAAACACCGGAUAGUACAAAUGAACCGAGCAGCUCAGGCGAACUGUUUGCAAUAGCAAGCGCUCAAUGUCAAUCAACUGACAACAAUGAUAAGCCAGUCGAAGCUAGCGUGGAAAUGUUAACCGAAGCAACCCGAGCCUACGAACAGAGCCGAGCGCAGAAACGAAAGUACGAGGAAGUCGAAACCUUUACCGGCGAAGAGGAUGAAACAAAUGUGUUGGAUGUAAAUAGUAGAUUGUUUGCAUACGUUUCGUCGAACUAUGAACAACGUGGACCGGGAAGUUUACGAUUAAACGAUUCCAAGGAUCAAAGCAAGAGUUCGAGAGUAGUGUUCCGGACAUCGGGUAAUUUGCGCGUGUUACUAAAUACGAAGAUCUGGCCGGGUAUGGUCGUAGAAAAAGCUAGCCAAAAGAGUUUGAGACUGACUGCCAUUGACUCUGCUGGACAGAUAAAAAUAUUUCUGGCUAUGGCACGUCCUGAUGAUAUCACAAAUCUUUACGAAGAGAUAAACAAACGAAUUGAUUUGGAAAAGUCACGUACACCAACAUCGUCGACGACCAACGACACUGUUGUCACAAGUGAUUCAAAGGACGAAUCAACGGUGGAAAAAUAAUUUUUUUUUCGAUUCUGGGCCAUGCAUUUCCACACCGAGUGUACAUUUAUAAGCUAAAUAAGUAUCAUGAUUUCCAUUACUUUUUAUCAGCAACACUGCAUCCUCAUCAAAAAAUUGCAAUAAGAUUUAACAGAAAUUUUCUUUUCAUUUUACGUUUGUUUCGAAUGUGCUUUUUGCCAUUGAAGUCAAGCAUACGACUUUGCGGGUAAAUUUGCGUUGAAAACACCAAAAAAAGAAGUAUUUUACAUUCUAUCGAGAAGUGCAGAACCGUCAACCCUGUACUAUUCAAGCACUGCUCUCUGUUCGGUUGAACGGGAACAUAAUUUAUUAACAAA